UUAUCUUCCGGCUUAGGUGAAGAAAUGAUGUGGGAGGACUUGUACGACGAAGUGGUGGACGAAGAAGAAACAGCAGAGCAAGAUACCUACGUUGAUUUCGAUUUCUUUUCGGAAUUAACGAAGCCGAAGAAUUACUAUAAAACAUUGGAAGUGGACUUUAGCGCAACUGAGGAUACCAUAAGGUCCAACUAUAUUCGUCUUGCAUUGCAAUGGCAUCCAGAUAAGCGAAAAGACGAGGACAGUGCGACAUCAAGAUUUCAGGAAAUAAAUGAAGCUUACAGGGUUCUAAGCGAUCCCAUGAGAAGGAAAGAAUACGACAAGACAUGCAUGCUGUAUGACGAUGAUUACAACAUAAUUGAUUACCUCAACCAAUACAAGAGCCUAAUCUUAACAUGCAGUGGCCUUGGGAUCCGGCAUUCAAUAUGGGGAAGUAAAGAAAGCAGGCAUGGAGAGCCAUUGUAAUGAAUCUUGGACUAUUGUGGGGGCAAGAUAGAUGCUUUUUGAUAGGCGGAACCUGAAGUUUAUAAAGAAACAGUGGGGUUGUAGAUGUAUUGGUGGGAAACUCACUCUCUGAUGUAUAUAGAGGCCAAAGACUUAUCUGUAUUACUUGGGCUGACCUAGCUCCCACAGCCCCCUCCCCCAAUAUCAUUUUUGAAACUUCUGUAUCUCAAAUAUUCUUCUUGA